GAAUGAACAAAGUCGGGGCCGCAGAGAUUGCGAUGUGCCCAAAUUUAAGCUUUAUCGUGCCAGCUUCAAAACAAAGGUGAUAAGAGGCAGAGAAAAAUCAAGCUAGUUCAGUUACUUUGCUUUUCUUCCAGUCACUCUCUUUCUUUUCUUCUAACUCCUCCCGCCAGCCAUCAAAGUGAUUCUCUCUGCUUUUAGAUAUCGGUUGUUCGGUUUAGCUUUCAUCACUAAACGGUCAGCAGAAUACACACAUUUUUACAACAGUAUUAGGUUCGGUUCUAGUCGAAUAGAAAUGGCUACUAGUAACGUCAUUAUUGGUGCUAAGCCUGUGGUUGCAAAUGAUGUUGAAGAUGCAGUGAGAGAACAAGAACAAGAUGGUGAAAACGAACAUGUACGGAGUGAAAUCAACUCCUCCGUUAUUCCAAAUAUGAUGCAUGUGAAACCGAGAAAUCCAGAUGACAAACCGAUAAACAUUAUCAGAAGAUAUCAGAAGGAGGGCAGACCGGUAUUUGUUGCGGGACCGAUGGUGCGAUACUCAAAACUACCUUUCCGUAAGUUAGUCCGUGAUUAUAAAUGUGACAUCGUUUACAGUCCAAUGAUACUAGCCAGGGAGUUUGUGAGAAACGAAAACGCCAGGUUGAGUGAUUUCACAACGAACAACUCGGACAGACCGUUGAUCGUACAGGUUGGGGUCAACAACGUUACAGAUUUGUUGAGAUUUGUUGAGAUGGUGCAGCCUUACGUAGACGGUAUUGGCAUCAACUGCGGAUGCCCAAUCAAGGAGCAGGUACGUGAAGGUAUUGGUGCAGCUUUGAUGAGCAACAGACAGCUUGUUUCCGAAAUGGUGUACGAGGUGAAGAAAAGAUGGGGGGACGAUAUAUGUAUUGAGACCAAGAUUCGUGUUCACGACGAUAUCAAUGAGACGAUUGAUUUUGUAAAGAGUGUCGAAAAGGCAGGAGUUGACUUCAUUACUGUGCAUGGAAGAACCAAGAAUACACGGAGCAGCCAGCCAGCCAAUUUUGAUAAGAUACGAAUAGUCAAAGAGAAUGUCAGUGUCCCUGUCAUUGCUAACGGAGACUGUUUCAGCUUGAAAGAUGCAUACGAGAUUAGGGAGUUGACCAAAUGUGACGGUAUUAUGGCCGUUCGUGGGGUUUUGAACAAUCCUGCGAUGUUUGCAGGGUACGAGAAGUGUCCAUGGGGUGCAAUCGAGAAGUUCUGGGAUUAUGCUACUGCGUACGGUUUACCUUUCAGAUUAGUUCAACAUCACUUAUCAUGCAUGAUGGAAGGGCUUAUCGAGAGGAAGACACUUAUCGGCUUAAACGAGUGCAACGACCUCAUUGGGCUGCUCGAGUGGUUUGACCAAAGGUACGACUUGAAGAGACCCGGGGAGGAAGGCUUUGGAACAAGCGUCAGCGUUCCUAUAAGAGAAGACCGGAGCAAAAUGGCAAAUUUAUAGAUUUUGCAGUUUGUAUAGUCAGUUACAAUAUACCAUUAAUAAGUUUAAAGAAACCCUUACUGUCUGUAUAGUGAGUGUAUUGAGAGAGAGAA